AAACUGUCGUGGUGACGCUUCAUGGGCGUUCCCAUGGAAACAGGAGGGAGACUUGACUUAGCCGGUUCUGUAAUGUUUUCUUUAAAGUUACUCCCCUCGCAAGUUUGCAACAUUUAAAGCGCGGUAAAGUGUGUGGCUUGCGAAUUCCAGAAACAGAACUAGCUAACUCCAGAACUAACUAACUGACUUCACACUGCAUGAAACGCUUUUAGUGUUAAAACGAGUGCAGGCAGGGCUUUUCUUGUAGUUUGCGAGCUAACCUGCUAAUCAGAAUGACCCAGCAAGGAGCUGCGCUGCAAACCUACAACAAUGAGCUUGUCAAAUGUAUAGAGGAGCUGUGCUCUAAAAGAGAAGAUCUAAACCGGCUGAUCCAACAGGAGGAAGCAGAGAAAACUCGUCUUCAGCAUGACAUCCGUGUGCUGACAGAGAAGCUGAGUCGUGUGAAUGAGAGCCUGGCACGCCGUCUCAGUGCCCGCGCUGACUUUGACCGCACCAUCGCAGAGACAGAGGCUGCUUACAUGAAGAUUCUUGAAAGCUCUCAGACACUGUUAAGUGUUUUGAAGAAGGAAACUGGGAAUCUGACCAAAGCCACUGAACCAAGAAGCAGCAAAGAUCAUUGAUAAAUACUGAAUUUUUCUCCUUUUAUUUGUCUAUAUUCCAUUCAUAAUUUCUACCAGCAACAUUUACCACACAACAUCAGUGUAACUUCUCAUUCUUAUCAGGAAGCUGUAUAUGUAAAGUGUAUAGAUAUGUAAUAAUGUUUUGAUCUAUUAGUAGUGUUUAAUGUAAUGCUUUUAAUUUAAAUUUAAUGUUUUAAUAAAUCAAAUGAACAAGUUA